AUGGACGUAAGAAAAGAGAUCAACGUGGCAUGCUUGCCAGAUGAUGAGGCCUGGCAGCUAUUUCAAGACAAGGUCGGACAGGGGACUCUAUCUUCCAGUCCUCGUAUUGAAGCUCUUGCAAAGGAACUUGUGGAGGAAAUGAAGGGCUUGCCAUUAGCUUUGAUAACUGUCGGAAGGGCAAUGUACGGCAAAAGUAAUCCGAAACAAUGGGAAUCUGCCAUUCAUUACAUGAAUCAGUCAUGCUGUGACGGGGAUGAUCAGGACCUCCAUAUGGAAAAUGAUGUUUUCAGACGACUCAAGUUCAGUUAUGAUAGCCUAAGAAAUGAAACCUUGAGACAGUGUUUGUUGACUUGCUCACUAUGGCCAGAGGAUAAACAGAUUUUGAUGGGGGACCUGAUACAAUGCUGGAUUGGCUUAGGUCUAGUUGACGAGUGUGAUAUACAUAGUUCCUACAGAAAAGCACAUUCUCUAAUAGGGGAACUUACAGCUGCAUGUUUGUUAGACAGUUGUGAUACUGUGUAUAGUGAUGAUUACAUUCUUAAUAGGGGAACUUACACUUUUGCCCAUCAGGAAAUGCCAGUUAAAGGCGUUAAGAUGCAUGAUGUGAUCCGUGAUAUGGCUAUUUGGAUAUCUUGUGGCUGCAGUGACAACAAGGACAAGUGGGUAGUUCGUGCAGGAGUUGCUGCAAAUCUGACUAUACGCGCCAUUCCUUGGAGCAGAGCCGAAUGCAUCUCAUUAAUGUACAGUGAAAUCGAGAAGCUUCAUCCUGUUCCUCCGUUUACUUGCUCCACAAAUCUCAAGAGGCUGUACCUUAAAAAUAAUCGUUUGGAUGAGAGGAUAUUUGGAGCCAUUCAGAGUUUCACUGAGCUGACAUACCUAGAUCUAAGCGGGAACAACAUCAAGGAGAUAGCUGAAGAGUUAUUUGCCUUGGUAAACUUGGAGCAUCUGGAUUUGUCACGUAACAGAUACCUAUGGGCAGUUCCCAAACGCCUUAGAGAACUUACUAAGCUUAAAUUCUUAUAUCUAGCAGGCACAAGCAUAAAGGUGAUUCCGACGGAGGUCAUAUCCUGUCUUACAGAAUUGCAAGUGAUUGACAUAAUCUCUACUAAUGACAGAAUGAGAAUGAGAAUGACAAUUGAUUAUAAGUCUAAAAUAAUGCAAGAGUUGUGCACCCUUCCAAACUUGAAAGCGGUUGAUAUGGUCGCUGAAGGUGAUGAUGGAUAUGAAUCACUACGGAAGGCAGCUGGCAUCCCCAUUAGGGAUUUGAUCAUAUACAGAUUGGAAGAAACAAACAAGCUCUGCCUGGCAGUAGAUACUUUGACAGGUGAUAUUGCGGGAAGGACGUUAAAUGAAUUGCACGUUGUGUUGAACCUCACAAUGGAGCAAAUAAUAGUAGGAGACGAACUGGGAAAACCAUUUGAUGCUCUCAGUGUGCUCGUGUUCCAACAGUUGUUUAACCUUACAAAUAUAGUAAUGUGGGAGGGAACAUCGUCUUUGCAAGCUUUGUUCCCAAGGCUCACUCAUUUGUAUGUGGAUUUCUGCUUCAAACUACAACAUCUCUCUUGGGCGCCGUACUUGCCUUGCCUUGAAUAUCUUCGUGUGGGUGGUUGCAUGGAUAUGAAGCAGAUCUGUAUGGGCGCAGGACAGGAGAGUUCAAAGACAUUCCCUUGCCUCAAAUAUUUGAUUUUAUCUAAUAAUCACAAGUUGGCCAGCUUGUGCGGUUCUGACGUGACGUUCCCAUGCCUUGAGUCGUUGAAUAUUCAACUAUGCUUUCAGUUGAAGCGGCUUCCCUUCACAAUGCAAAGCUUACCACACAAGUUGACUAAACUAUGCAUCGAUCGUUGGGAUAAAUUGGAAUGGGAGGAUGAAGGUGUCAAGUCUUUCCUGGAACGGGUUCGUCGAUGA